AUGGAUUUCAUGGAUCAUUCCGUGCAUGAGGCUGCAGCUUCAGGAGAUGUUGACUUCUUAAGAGCAAAUGUUGCAGAUGAUAUUCUUCUUCAGAAAACUCCUAAUGACAAUAAUAUUCUUCACAUUGCAGCUGAAUUCAAGCAAACAAAUUUCUUCAAAAACAUUCCAAAUCAAUCUCCACUGUUUUGGGACACCAACAAGAAGGGCAACACUCCCCUACACGUUGCUGCAAGAGUAGGCUGUGAUGACAUUGUAAAGCUACUACUCGCUCAAGCAGUGAGCACACUUGCCAGUGGAGGAGUUGAUCAGGAAAGCGGACUCACUGGUAAAGAAGCCCAGAAAGAGUUGGUACGAAUGACCAACUGUGAAAUGGAUACAGCACUGCAUGUUGCUGUCCGAUAUGGUCAUGGUGAAAUCGUGAAUUUGCUAAUGGAAUUUGAUCAUGAAUUGUGUUGUCUCACAAAUAGCGCCAAUGAAUCACCAUUGUUCCUAGCAGUACGCCGGGGGUUUCUAUCCAUAGCUCGUUCUAUUUUACAGGAGUAUCAAAUAUGUCCUUCUUUUCAGGGGACCCAUGAUGUGACGGCUUUGCAUGCGGCAAUAACUUGCGCGGGCAAAGAAGCUGAAGAAAUUGUGAGAAUUAUGGUAUCCUAUGAUGGUGCUAAGAUAAUCCGAGAACGCGCCGCAAUUGGGUGGACUCCAUUACACUACGCAGCAUUAAGAGGGAACCUUGAAGCAAUUCGACUGGUGAUUAAAGAGGAUAGCUCUGCUUGUUACAUACUGGACAUAGCCGGAAUGUCAGCUCUUCAUCUUGCAGCCUAUGCAGGCCACAUCCAAGUUAUCGAAGAGUUUAUCACACGUCAGCCUGGCACUUGUGAUUUGUAUAAUGAGAAAGGCCAGACGAUUCUUCAUGUUGCAGUUUUAGGGGGACGUAAAGAUGUAGUCAAUUACAUUUUGACGACGCCUAAGCUUGCGAGACUUAUAAAUGAAGCAGAUAAAGAUGGAAACACCGCUAUGCAUCUAGCAGCCAUUCACAAAAAUAUUGGAAUUAUACGCAUUUUGGUACGCAACCCUAUGGUGGAUAAGACUGCUCUCAACAAGGAAUUCUUAAAGGCCUUUGACAUUUUAGUUGGCAACAAAUAUGGAGAGGAUGUCAAUGGUCUUCCUACUCUUUUCCACAUGGGUUACCCCAUUGGCGUGCCGUUUUUCCAACAACAAAUCUGUCGUGAUUUCGUGAAAUUGGAAUCUGAAGCGAAUGACCAUAUGCUUGCCACAGAACCGAGACAAGAGACGCAAGCCUAUACAGAUAGGGACUUGAGAAGAUUUGACACCAAUCUACUGGUAGCAAUACUUAUCGCAACAGUCACAUUUGCAGCGGCUUUCACAAUGCCUGUAGGAUUCACAAGUGAUGGCAUGCCGGUUUUAUAUGACAAGGCAUCUUUCCAAGUCUUUCUGCUAUCCGAUGUCCUCUCCUUCUUUCUGUCAAUUUUAGUUGUUUUUAUUAAUUUCAUAGAGGCAACUGUGUUUGGAAUUGGAAGAGUUCAAGUCAUGCGUACAAGUCUUGUUCAAUAUUCCAUAGGAGGAAUGAUGGUGGCAUUUGCAUCAGGGUUGUUUGUAGUCUUGCCCCAACACAGUCCGUUUGGCAUUGGGGUCUAUCUAAUAUGUGGUAUUUUGUGCUUACUUGUCGCCCUUACAUUCCAGCGACCUGAGAGCGAGCGUCGGAGGAAGAUCCAAUGUCCCCGGACCAGCGAAAUUUGA